UCUGUACCUGCUAGGUGUGCGCUUCGUGAGCGCUCACGAUUCUACGUCGGUCUAACCAGAGUUGCCGGCAAAAAUCCGUUUGUCAAUUCAUCGUUGGGUAAUUUUAGUAAUGCCCCGUCUCCAGCUCACUGAGAGUGGCGGGUGAGACGACAAUCUCACACAAGAGCCCUGAUUGGCCAGGAAAGGAGGUGGGACUCGGGAGCUGGUAUCAGCAGCGCUUAAUCCGCACAAAGAAAAUUCCAUUUAUAACUUUUUUUGUAAAACCUGAUUUUUAAAUAAAUAUAUAAGGCGGUGAUAUAAGCAAAGCAAGUGAGCAUAGUUUGAAUCCACGUCGAUACCCGCACAGAUGGGUGCGCACUACGCCCGCUUAACGUUCAUUUGUGGCUCUAACUAGACAGAAGAGAGAAAAGGAGAAGCAGCAUUGCUUCGCUUCUGCUGUUGUUUUCCCUCUUUGAUACUCGGUGGUUUUUUUGCCUCCUGGUUGUCGUUUUGUGUAUUUCAAUCAUGAUUUCACGUGAACUAUGAGCGACAUCGUUUUGUUGGACUCGUUUAUCCUCGCAUUGGAAGAUGGUUUUGAAGUAGCUUCCGCUUUCUUGUGUUUCGUCGUGUCUUCGUUGAUUUGAUGGAGGAUGCAGACAGUUGCAGUAGCAGGGCAGUGGAUUCAUGGCCGACGCACAAUCGGAAGCAGAGGCAGAAGGUUGUUGAAAUUUAUGAAGAGGUUCGUCGUAGACUCAAGAGUUGGGACAAUGAAGAGGCGAUGCGUCCGGGUUUUGAUGAUGAACUUUGGGCACACUUCUCUCGACUUCCGACUAGGUAUGCGCUUGAUGUAAAUGUAGAGAGGGCCGAAGAUGUUCUUACACACAAGAGACUACUACAAUUGGCACAUGAUCCAGCCACUAGACCAGCACUUGAAGUCCGCCUUGUGCAGGUCCAUCCCAUUUCUGGUGGAAUUCAUGGUGAUUCUGAUCCUUCAAACCCUUUAAAAAAGGUGGAUGCUCAAAGUCAUUAUCACACCAGUCAGAGGAGCACUCAUCCACCAUCUACCUUUGGAUUGUUGCCUAAUAUGAAAGUUUUGGUUGAAGCCAAAAAUUCACAUGUUCAAGAUGGAGAAGGUGAUGUGGAUGCCAAUCUACGCUUUUGGAGGCUGAUGCAUGAAGUUAUAAUUUCAACAAAUGACAAGCCCAAGCUCCUCAGUCAGGUAGCCUUUUGGUUGACCUCAUUACUUUCUGAUAUUGGAUUGAACAUUCAAGAAGCACAUGCUUUUUCCACGACAGAUGGCUACUCCUUGGAUGUUUUUGUUGUUGAGGGCUGGGCACAUGAGCUUUUUGAUUUAUUUACAUCUCGGAAACUUCAGGAAACUGAGCAGCUUAGAAAUGUACUGCUAAAGGAAAUUCAAAUGAUUGAGGACCUUUUGGUGCUGAGACACAUGGUCUGGCUGACUCUGAAUAAGCAACCUUGGUCAGAAUUCCAGCUCAUAUCUCCUGGGAGGGAGCAAGGACACCCUGAAAAACAGCUUAUCCCUAGUCACAUAAACUUAACCAUUGAUGGGGCUGAUGUCUGGGAAAUUGAUGCCACGCUGUUGAAAUUUGAAAACAAAAUUGCAUCUGGAUCGUAUGGUGAUUUGUAUAAAGGUACUUUUUGUAGCCAGGAUGUGGCUAUUAAAGUUCUCAAGACUCAGCAUUUAAAUGAAGAUAUGUGGAGGGAAUUUUCUCAAGAAGUCUAUAUUAUGAGAAAAGUUCGGCACAAGAAUAUUGUGCAAUUUAUUGGUGCAUGUACCAGACCUCCAAGCCUGUGCAUUGUGACUGAGUUUAUGUUUGGUGGAAGUGUCUAUGACUUUCUGCAUAAGCAAAAGGGCAGUUUUAAGCUUCCAUCCUUGCUCAAAGUAGCAAUUGAUGUGUCCAAGGGAAUGAAUUACUUGCAUCAAAAUGACAUAAUCCACAGGGACCUGAAAGCUGCCAAUAUUCUGAUGGAUGAAAACAAAGUUGUUAAGGUUGCUGAUUUUGGUGUUGCUAGAGUACAAGCUCAAUCUGGAGUCAUGACUGCUGAAACUGGAACUUAUCGUUGGAUGGCUCCAGAGGUCAUUGAACAUAAACCAUAUGAUCACAAGGCUGAUGUUUUCAGCUUCGGAAUUGUAUUGUGGGAGCUUCUAACAGGAAAGCUUCCUUAUGAGCACUUAACCCCAUUACAAGCUGCAGUUGGUGUGGUCCAGAAGGGUCUAAGGCCUACUAUUCCGAGUCACACUUAUCCAUCACUUGUAAAAUUGAUCAAGAGAUGCUGGCACCAGGAACCAUCUUUAAGACCUGAAUUCACUGAAAUUAUGGAGAUAUUGCAGCAGAUAGCUAGCAAGGUUGUGGAAAAAAAGAGAGAGAUCUUAGAGGGAAGAGGGAAAAGGCAGAAGGAGAAAUCUAUCUAGGAGAAUUUUAUCUAUGCUCUCAAACAGGUGGCCACUAGGGUGAGGAUGCUGUAGAUAAUGUGUUUAACACUUUUGUCGUGAGUCAUGUGCUCCUACCUUAUAUUCAAUUUAUAUAUGGAAUCCUGUUUUGACAUUUCAAAUUAUAUAGGACUUCCUUGUUUUUCUUGCUUCA